CGCGAUGCCGGCUCCGAAUAUACAAAAUGCGACAGUCUACUGAAACUGUGACGUGGUAGUAGCCACGAUGGCAGGAACUGGCUGUAAACAAAUAAAAAAUGUGAUGAAACGAUAAAAAAAUAUAGUGAUGAGCGGCUCCGUGUUGAUGGAAGCCACCAGCUCAUCCACCGUCGAGGAAGAUUGUUACACAUUUAAAGAAGAGCCGACAUCGCCAGGUUCUUCUGAACAGCAGUACGCGGCGGACACCGCCGCCGCCGGCGGCAAGGCGGCGCCCUGCAAAGUCUGCGGGGACAAGGCUUCAGGGUACCACUACGGGGUCACUUCCUGCGAGGGCUGCAAGGGUUUCUUCCGCCGGAGCAUCCAAAAGCAGAUCGAGUACAGGUGCCUCCGCGACGGGAAGUGCCUGGUCAUCAGGCUCAACAGGAACCGCUGCCAAUUCUGCCGGUUCAAAAAGUGUCUCGCCGUCGGCAUGAGCCGUGACUCGGUGAGAUACGGCCGUGUUCCUAAGCGGCCCAGAGAAGCAAACAAUCAAGAAAGCAUGCAGGAGCUGCCGAGGACCGCCGCGGCAGCUCCGGCGGCCCCGGAGCUAGAAGAAGUGGACCCGGAGAACCUCCACCACGUCAGCAAGGAGCUGGCAAAGGCUAUCACGGCUGCCCACCUCAGUAACAACACAUACACAGAGGAACUCAGGCGCACCUUGCAACAUCACACCAUCGUGCUCAAAGUUGAAGACUCAGAUAAUGAAGGUAGCGGUGGAGAAGAAGCGGCCAGCUCGACCACGGACCGCGUGACAGACGUGCGGUCCAUACUCUGGUACAACGUGGCACUGCGCAUGACGCCUGCCGUCCAACAAGUGGUGGAGUUCGCGAAGCGACUGCCCGGCUUCCACACCCUGCCACAGGACGACCAACUCAUUUUGAUCAAGCUGGGCUUCUUCGAAGUAUGGCUGACUCGCGCCUCCCGGCUUUCCUCGCCCGAGGCCAUAGUUUUUGACGACGGAACCGCUCUCUCACACACACAACUCGGAAUUGUAUACGAUCCGGCCUUUGCUACCGGGAUGCUGCGUUACGUACGCACGCUGCUCAGACUGAAGGUGUCUGAAGAGGAAAUGGCAAUGUUCACGGGCACACUCUUGUUGUGCCCCCAGCGCCCCAGCCUGGCCGACCCGGAGCUCGUCAACAACAUGCACUGCUCCGUCGCAGAGGCCUUUCAAUACCACCAAGCAAUGACCAACGCAAGCCAAGCCGAUGCUAUCGCACGAGUGAAUGUUUUCACUAGUGCUAUGCAAGAGGUGCGCGCACUAGGUCUUCGCCAUAAUGAACUACUACGGUGGUGCCGAGAACACUGGCCACGUCUCGUGCUACCGGCGCUAUUUUCCGAGAUAUUCGAUAUCCCCAAGUCGGAGGAAGAUGAGGGCAAUGACCCCGAACGCUACGGCGAACCAUCUCACGCCGGAACUUCAAAUUGAUCUUUCUGCCUAUGAACUAUUCUUAUUUCCAAUCCAGUCUCUUCGAGACUGCUUUUCGGUGCUAUGCCGUACUAUUUAAAGACACUAAUAUUUUAAGUUCUAAUUGGUCGUCCCUAAAUCUUAUGUCAAUCAUUUCUCGGUACGAAAAAUGUUCAAUGACAACUGAUUUUUUGGAGGCAUCUAGAAAAAACUGAUGGGGUGAAUUUGUGAUAGGUAAAUGUAAGCGUUACAAAAAACGCAUGUUUCUUCUAAAAUUGUAUGUGAUAUUGAUUUGAAGGAAUUUAUCAGUUUUCUCUACGUGUAACUUAAAAUCUUUGAAGCUUCUUACAGUCAUAGUAGGACUUCAAUCUAAUUUCUAAGUAACACUGUCACAAUAGGUAUUAAUUUAGGUAGGUAGGUACUGUAUGUUUUCAUAAUAGCUCCGGACUGUCCAUUUUAAGAAUCUGUCAACUUGACAAUGAAAUAUCUGUAAACGAGUCAAUCGGGGACUGAGAAGUAUGGCAUCCCGAGCAUCAAGCUGAAGCGCAAGUGGUUGCCUCGGGCGAGGCACGUUCCUGCCUCGAGCGGCUGCCUCGUCAGCUCAGGGCAACCAACACACGUCAUGAUCUGGCCACUACAUUACAUGAUAUUAUAAUAUAACAUCUACCUACUCGGGCAUAUCGAUGUUCAUAUAAAUAUUAUAGUAGGUACCUAAGAAUAAAAUCGAAUUGUCUGUUCAAUUUACGUCGUUGUUAUUCUCGUAUUUGUUCCAGAAACUAUAGACGAGGCUGAAACGAAAAGUAAAAUGUGAAAAUCUUUUAACAUGAAUUCUUUUGAUUUGCACUCUCGACAGCUUAACAUAAUCUAACGAGAUUUACAGACCUGACAAAAUCAACAGUUAAGUACCUACUAACAAUUUAACAAAUGUGGCAAAACUGAAAUGAGUUGCCCAACUCAAACAUGUAACAAAACUGACGGGAUCGGGAUUAUAUUUAUUAUCUUAUUGGCAUUCAUAUCUGAUAAAUUUGACGAAGCUCUAUUACAGAACUGAAAUGUUUAAUCUAUAUAUAUAUUAUUAUAAAUAAGGUAAGCGUUUGUGAGUUUGUAUGUUUGAGGCGUGUACUUAAUCUUCGAAACUACCGAACCGAUUUCAAACAUUAUUUCACCAUUAGAUAGGUACAUAAUCGAAGAUUGCUAUAAGCUAUAUUUAUCUCAAAAUUCCCACGGGAGCGAAACCCCGGGUAAAAUCUAGUACUUAAUAUUAUUGUUUAUUAAUUAAAGUAAAAAUAACAUAUUUUGAGAUAAUUAACAGAACGUUUAUCUAAACUGUUAUUAUUAAAGUAUGACAUCAAAUCGUGACAGUAUUAUAUAAUGUAAGGAACUAUAUCUUCCUAGGACAUAACUAACAUUUUAACGAAACUGACAAAAGUUUACAUGAUUCUUUGUACUCUCCCUUCAUAGUACAGAUCGCGCCAAACAUCUAGUUCGCUCUGAAGUUGCUUCGCGCAGGUGUACAGUCGGUUUUGAGCUACUGCGACGCGACUCGCCUCGACUUCAGAGCGAACUAGAACUUUGGCGCGAUCUGUACUUCAUUAAUAGAGUAGGUUGCCAUUAUCUAUUCCAUUUCACACACAAGUUAAUAAUCAACAGUGUGCACAGACAUUACUGUGGUUUUCGUUGCGUCACAAAGGUGCAAUGUGAUUGGUUCGCUGAGUCUCCCUUCGAAUCGAUUCGAUGGUGAGAAGUUCAUGCAAACCCGCACUUCACCAGGUUUCCUCACGAUGAUUUCCUUCACAGGAAACCAGAUUGGUAAAUCUGACUCCUAGUAGUUAUAUAUACAAACUCAAGUGGCACGAGUAGGAUUCGAACAGCGGUCGUUUUAACCAUUACACCACCACCGUUUCAAUUAUGUGUAUUACAUGAAAAAAAAACCUAAACUAAUAUAAUUACCCCAAAAUCCGAUCCGUUAAUUGAUGCAGAUCAUUUUAUUAAUCAGACUAUUUUAAAAUUACAAACAGACAGUUCAAUUUUAUUUAUGCAUAUCUGUUUCAUAAAUUAAAUAAAAGACAAGGCAAAGAUCGUGUCGUAUAUAGAGGUAAAAACCUAUAGCAGGUAACGUGAAUGGCCUAAGUUAUAUAAUAAUAAAUGUGAUGAAUGGAAAAUACGAUCAAUUUCAUUGUGCAACAUUGUCAAAAUAUCUCUCAAAAUAUACGUAAUACGAACAGUGGUAGCUCAAAAACACGUAAUAGAGUUAGUGCUACGUUUGAUAAGUUUAUGCAUUUGUAGAAGCUAAGUUGUUUGUGGACUGUAAAUGUUGCAUGUUUAAUUUUAAGUGUAUUAUUGUAACCAUAUGUAUAAUUCAGCGUUACGUUCAGCAUUUAUUUUUUAGUAUUUUAUAUUUUGGAGAGGUGAAAUAAAAAGCAGACUGAAUGACAUAACUGUAUUGCACACACAGCUGUAAUAACCGUUGGGAUAGUGCAAAUAUGUACCUUUUAUAUCUAAAUUUUAUUCUAAUUUGUUUGGUUAUAAAAUGGCGCAUAUCGCCAUUAAGGAAUUGAUUGGCCGAGAUGAAAUGUUUCUAUGGCAAAGUGAAAACGAGCAAGGGUUUCGAUCAAUUCCAAUAUUGAAUGAGGCCGUAAUUUCUUAGGUAUUAAUUUAUAUCAACAAAUGUUUCAAUAUAAAUUUUCUCAUUUAGCUUUAAGAUUUUUUAUGGUUUGCUCAAUUUUGGCUGCAGUGAGUUGAAUUCGUUUGUUUUUCGAGAAAGGGAACUCUCCCUUUUUUUGUUUUCUUUGAAGACUUGUAAAAUUAACAAAAUAACGUCUCAAUACGUAACAAAACGAAAUUAUAAAUAUGAUGAUUGAAGACAAAUAAUUUUGAACUGGAUCUCAAUGUUUGUAGAUACUACAUAAAUUAAUAAAUAAAUAUAUUGUUGGAAUAAAAAAAGUUUCUCAAAAAUACGGCUCUAUUCGCAGCCUUAUUUUAAGAAUCUUUUUUAAUUAAAUAAUAAAACAGUAUUAAAAAAAUUCUUUCGAAAAGCAUAGCUAAUCAUCUAAAUCAAUCCUAUAAAGUACAUAGAGUACAUACAAAUACUUAGUGAAACGUAAUGUUCUGGCGAUAUUGAGAAUGUUCUACUAUUUAAAAAAUAACAAUGUAUUUAUUUUAUGAAAACAAAAACACUUUACAAAAGAAUUGCGUAAACAAGACUUGGGGUUUACCGUAACAACACUGACGGCGGAAACAUUAAAUAUAGGCAUUAUUUGGUCAAAUAGCAACUGUAUUACUGAUGAUAUUGCAUUUAUUGUAUUAUGUUGUAAAUGUUAAACUAAUAUUCUAAUAUCCACACGUCAGCAUUCAUUACGUAAAAUACCAAAUUGAACAUAUCCACACUUCCGAUUUUAGAAAUUAACUUGAUUUUCCGAGUGGAUAUAAGCAGUUGGAAGCUUGGAGAGGUGGAAAGUUGCAUAAGCUACUUUUUGCCAGUUAUAAAACAGAGACUAUGUAACGUGUUUUACGCAAAUGCUAGUUCAGAGGUUUUGUAAUAGUUUUAUUUGCUUGAGGCCGCAUGUUGUAGUGUGAACUGACUGGAGUGAUGUUAAAGUUGCAAAUGGAGUUUUUUGAUUGUUGUUCGUUUUAUUUGAUUGUUAUUGAUUAUUCGAUGGCAUGAUUGUUUUGGAUUAUAUACUAACAUAGGUUUAAAACUAUUAAUAUCCAGCGCGAAUAAGCGAGAUACAUCAAUUUUGUGUUCAUAUUGUAAGCAGUCGGUAUUAAAUGUGUUAUUGCUAUAACACUGAUGACCGACUUUGUUUGUCGCCUAAAGGCAUGGAUGCAUACACAGUGUGUUUUGUAGUGUGUAUUACACUAGUAUCAGUAUACCAGAGAACAGAAGGCGAAGUGCGGUUUUGUAUUUCACUUCUCACUAGCGAACCAAUCACAUUGCGGUGUGACAAUACAAUAGCUUAGAUAGAUUGGAUAGCUGAGUCUCACUGCGAGUCGACUCGAUGUUGAGAUGUAAAUAUUAAAGUCGCACUACGUACACAGGUUUCCUCAUGUUUUACUUCACCGGAAGCAAGUUGUGGUCUAUGAAGACAAUUGUAUAUGAGUAGUCAUAGCCACUGGACUACCACCACCUAAGUUCAGAUUGAACCUUCCAUAUUGGUGAUUCCGCACCUUCGUCGCAAAAUUUCUUGUCUUUAGUUGUAAUUUUCUCGAAAGAUACCUUCAAGAUAAGACAUCUAUACUGUGACCCAUAAAUUCGUUAAAUAAAUAUCGGUACAGAACAAAGUUCGUGGAAUUGUGUACUUGCUCCCGUUUAAAUAAAUAAUUUAUAAAAUUCAAUUAAACAAGCUACUCACAAAAGCGUUUGUUUCCCUUUAUUUAUUGAGCCUGUUCACUGUGUAUAGGUAGAUGUUGAGCAAACAGCGAAUAUUUAAUGAGAAAACACUUCUAGAUCUCUGAGAAAACUGGAUAAGAAUAAUAAUUUAAGGCAUUUAUCUUACUGUGAUCGAUACAGAAUUCCUUCGGGAUGCUGCAUGUCAGGUUUGGGUGAUACGCGGGAUUUGUCUCGGUUGUGGCGCAAAAGGUCACUAUCGCAAAAUGUCACACUUUUCAAUUUGAUCACUAUGUCGCCGGAUACAAAUAUUUUGAAAAUGUCGCUUGCGUUGAAUUAAAUUUUCACAGAAAGUAAGUUAAAAAUGUUCACAGGAAUAUGUACCUGCUUAUUUUAGUGAACAAAUGUGAAAAAAUCUGUAGAAUUAAAAAAUAUUAUAAUAAUGUUAUUGUACAUGGUGCGAGAGCGACAUUUUUCGAAAGUUUACCAAAGAUUUUGUUUUAUCAUUUUGCAGAUGUGGGCUUCUGCUACACAACCUUUAUUUCUUGCAUUAGUUUUUGUAUUAUGUAAGUUAAUGUAGUUUUAUUUCUGUUAUCGAGUCUAUAUUGUUCUGUGGGCUUAGUGCGGGUUUGGAUUUCACUUGGAAGUAAGACACAGCGAACCAAUCACAUUUCACAUAUGGUUGUCGUUGCGUCACAAUUUGAUUGGUUCGCUGAAUCUCACCUUUUUAAAUAGCAAACCCGCACUAAGGCCUCUGAUUUUUCUUUGUUUAUAUUUCUCGUUAUUUUAAUUAGACAGCUAUUUACGUAUAGAAUCAAAUAUUAAUGGCUUUAGAAUAUCACUGUACUAAAUUGAUAAGUAAAUACUUAAAAUAUAAAUGGAAUACAUACACGAAUAGAAAAUUA